AUGACUAAAGUACCCUUGUCCCGAACCAAAACCCAGCUCACCUUUAUCAUAUUUCUCAUCCAAUCCAUACCCUUUUUCGUAAUUUCCCAGUUCUCCCCGACCGAGAGAGCCACGUUACUCGACCUCAAGCAAAAAUGGGGUGACCCACAAGUCCUCGACACCUGGAACUCCACGUCGCCGCCCUGCCAGUGGCCGGGAAUUCGGUGCGGCGGCGACGGCUCCGUCACCGGAAUCAUCCUCAACAACUACAACAUCAGCGGCAUUGUCCCGGACUCCAUCUGCGAUUUCCAGAAUCUAACAGUUCUCGAUCUAGGUCGCAACUAUCUCGCCGGCAAAUUCCCCGCCGGCGUUUCAAACUGCUCAACGCUCCAGUACCUCGACCUCUCUCAGAACUACUUCGUGGGGGAAAUUCCGACGAACAUCGGCCGGCUCCGAUCACUCCACCACCUCGACCUGUCGGAAAACAACUUCACCGGCGACGUACCUCCGGAGAUCGGGAACUUAACAGAUCUGAGAACUCUGAAUCUCUACAGUAAUCUGUUUAAUGGAAGUUACUCUAUGGGGAUUUCGAAUUUGUCGAAUCUCGAGUAUCUAGCGCUGGCGAACAACCCAUUCCGGCCGGCGGUCGUGCCGCUGGAGUUCGGAAAUUUGAAGAAAUUGUACUACCUUUGGAUGUCUCAGGCGAAUUUGAUCGGAAAAAUACCUGAGAGCUUCGUGAACCUACCAGGUCUAAGCGUUUUGGCUCUGUAUGUAAACGAAAUGGAGGGUCCGAUUCCAAACGGAUUGUUCUCGCUGAAGAAUUUGAGUUUGCUUUAUCUUUACAACAAUCGUUUUUCGGGUUGGAUCCCUCAGGUAAUCGGGUCACUGGACCUGAUUGAGAUCGAUGUAUCUGCAAACAACUUGACUGGAACAAUCCCUGAUGAUAUCGGCAAGCUUGAAAAAUUGGAGUAUUUGGGUUUGUUUAUGAACAACCUGUUCGGUGAAAUACCUCAGAGCAUAGGGCGUUUGCCUAAUCUCAAGUAUUUCAAGAUUUUCACCAAUAAUCUGAGUGGAAUAUUGCCGGCCGAUAUGGGUGUUUACUCCAAGCUGCAAGAUUUCGAAGUUUGCGAGAAUCAAUUCACCGGAAAGUUGCCGGAAAAUUUGUGCUCCGGCGGUGCUUUGACUGGUGCGAUUGCUUUUAAGAACCACUUAACCGGCGAAAUUCCUAAAUCACUCGGGAGUUGCAAAACCCUAGACACGGUGCAGCUGUACAGUAAUAACAUGUCCGGCGAAGUUCCGUUGGGUAUUUGGACUGCAAAAGAAAUGUAUAGUGUGAUGCUGAGUGAUAACAAGUUCUCCGGCAAGCUCCCGAGCAAAGUAGGGCCGAAUUUCGCUCGUUUAGAAAUUACUAACAACGAGUUUUCGGGUGAAAUUCCGAGUGGGGUUUCUUCUUGGGGGAGUUUAGUUGUGUUUUUGGCAAGUAACAACAAUUUAUCAGGCUCGAUUCCAGAAGAACUUACGGCCCUUCGCAACCUUACCACCUUAUUGCUCGAUGGAAACUCGCUUUCUGGUGAGUUGCCAUCUAAGAUAAUCUCAUGGAAAUCUCUCACUACUUUGAAUCUUUCGAGGAAUAAAUUAUCUGGCCCGAUUCCUUAUUCGCUCAGUUCUUUACCUGUCCUUCUUGAUUUGGACUUAUCCUCUAAUCGCCUUUCGGGUGAUAUCCCGCCUCAAUUAGGACAAUUGAGGCUCACUUCUUUGAACCUAUCCUCGAAUCAACUUACGGGGAAACUUCCCGAUGAGUUUAAUAAUGCGGUUUACGAAAAAAGUUUUUUAAACAAUCCGAACCUUUGCGCCACCAAUAAAAUUUCCAAUCUUCCUGAUUGUCGUGAGGAAUCUCAGAAAACAAAGAAAGUAUCACAGAAAUUGCUCGUUGUUAUUCUAAUUGCAGCGUUGGUUCUUUCUCUUGCUAUCAUUCGAGUAGCGUGGGUUUGGUGCAAUCGAAGAAGAAAAAAGCUCGGCCAAACAUUUGAAACUCGCAAACCGAAAGAUAUGAAAUCACUUCAAAUGGAGCUUACCUCUUCGAAAAAAUAA